CAGGUCCAAAACCCAAAUAACACAAUACUGAGUACUGAGCAAAGCAGCCUCUGAAGCCGUACUUGCGCAGGAAGUAAUGCUGGGGGAGUGGUCAGAAGAUAAGAUUAAAAAAAAAAAAGUGAAGGAAUGAUUUAAAAAAGGAAGCUUAGUGAAUACAGCUAAAUAUACCAAGCAUACUAAACCAAAACAUGCAGCUCACUUAGUAAAACCCAGUCAUGAAAAACACUGCAGAUGGUAUCAGAAGCCAUUUUCAAAGCACUGCGAUAAUACGGAAGAGGAAACAAAAUCAGAAGCACUGAGUGCGUCACCUGGAAUUUGCAGCUGUUCUGGCUCAGAAGCCAGUUCAAAGCCAGAGGAAGGUCUAAGUCUCAGUGGGAUGCAGAGCUGCCCCUCCAGCCUCUCCUCGCCCAUGGGAAUGCUCCUGCCCGCUCACACGGUGAAGAGCUAGAGGAACCACGGCCGACCCUCCGUCAGCAACACGAGCUUCCCAGCAGAGCCAAGCGUUCCAUCGCUUCCCAACAGCACGCCACGGCCCCUUCAGGUACUGGAAGGCCACAAUUAGAUCUCCCCGGAGCUGCCUUUUCUCCAGGCUGAACAACCCCAACUCUCCCAGCCUGUCUCCAUAGCAGAGGUGCUCCAGCCCUCUGAUCAGCUUCAUGGCCUCCUCUGGACUCGCUCCAACAGCUCCAUGUCUCUCCUGUACUGGGGCCCCCAGAGCUGGACGCAGUACUCCAGGAAGAGGGGAAAAGGCGAAGUGCAAAUGAAAGCCACAACCAACUUCAGCUACUCUAGAAACAACAGCAGCUGCACCAGCGAUAACAAAAUCAGUCAAGUCAUUUUUCCUUUGCUUUAUACAGUCCUGUUCCUGGUGGGCAUCACCAUGAACAGCCUGGCAAUGUGGGUCUUUUUUAAAAUAUCCAGUAAAUCCAAUUUCAUCAUCUUCCUCAAGAACACUGUCAUUUCUGACUUCCUCAUGAUCUUGACUUUUCCGUUUAAAAUCUUUAGCGAUGCAAAGUUGGUAUCGUGGGUACUGAGAGGAUUUGUUUGCCAGGUAACCCAGGUUGUGUUUUACUUCACCAUGUACAUCAGCAUUUUGUUUCUUGGUCUGAUAACUAUCGAUCGCUAUCAGAAAGCCACUUCGCCGUUCAGAACAUCAACACCAAGGAGCCUUUUAGGUGCCAAGAUCCUGUCCACAGCAAUCUGGAUAUCAAUGUUUGCUCUCUCAUUACCCAACAUGAUUCUAACGAACAGGAAGAAAACGGCUGAGAACGUACAAAAGUGUGCUCUCUUGAAAUCUGAGUUUGGCUUAGUCUGGCAUGAAAUCGUAAACUAUGUUUGUCAACUUAUCUUCUGGGUUAAUUUAGCUGUCAUAGUUGUAUGCUACGUGCUCAUAAGUAAAGAACUGUACAAAUCCUAUAAAAGGACAAGAUGCGCAGGAAAGGCAUCCAAAAAGACUGUAAAUGUGAAGGUUUUCAUAAUUAUCGCAGUGUUCUUUAUUUGUUUUGUGCCAUUCCACUUUACUAGAAUCCCCUACACGUUGAGCCAAACAAGAGACGUUUUUGAAUGCUCUGCUCAGAACACCUUGUUUUACUUGAAAGAGAGCACGCUGUGGCUGACAUCACUAAAUGCGUGCCUAGAUCCAUUCAUAUACUUUUUCCUUUGCAAGUCAUUUCGAAAGUCCUUGCUAGACAUGCUGUGCAAGCACGCGGCAUCGUCAGAACUCAGAGCACGGAUGAAGGAGCAGAACGAAGGAGACGACACAGACGAGACGCCACUCUAGAGCUAAGAACUACCCGUAACCCUUCUUGGCCACGUAUGUUUAUCGGUGGGCGGAAGCAGCACAAAUCCUGUGGGAGAAUAUCUAGAAUUUCACCGUCUCCUGUGGAAAUUGUCCUACAGAUAAAGCACAAGCACCCUGGAACCAACAUCACCGGUUGCAAAAAUGGCGAAACUAGAAAGCUUGACUAAAACAAGAGCACCACCUGAUCACAGCCUCCAGGCUUGUCAGAAUUGCUAGGAAGAAGUUUGAACUUUAGUUGGAGCUGUAAGGAAGAAAUUAAAACACAGUCAUGAAAUGCUACAGAUGCGAUUAUGAAGUGCAAACAUUUUGCAGAAACAGAUGAACUUGGGCCAGAGUAAAGUCCACAACAACACAAGAUCUGGGAGAUGCAAAUAACCUCCACGGUGAUGUUUUAAUACAGGGAGUUGUCACCUCGUACACAACUGGCAGACAAACAGAAAAACAGGACAUAUGUAGAUAAGCUAUUUAUCUGUGCAGGUUUUUGGUAACAGAAUAACAUUUUGCUUAUCUCGUUAUAUGCUUGCAAUUUUAAUCCAUUGACCAAUAAUUAAUAGUUGUAUGUCAGAGGAUAUUAUUUCAUAAUCAGGCUUAUCUUGAUGUGAGUUAAAUCUUCAAAUACUUCACCUUACUAUAUGAAUAAACAAAAAUGGACACUUCCGUAGA